UUCAGUUUGACUGGUAGUUACAGAAAAUGAUUUUCCUUAAUUAGAUUCAUUAUUUGACGUACGUUUGAUAAAGAUGCUUGAUUUUCAUCUCAAUUAUAGAUAUCCCCGAGCUACAUUCUGUGUAUUCAUUAUUUGAUAUAUCUUUCCUGGAACUGUGAAGAAAUAAGUGAACCAACAUUUGUAAUUUCAAAAAGAUUGGCAGUUUCUGGGAAAAUUUGGAAUUUCCCGGACAUGGGUUUUGCCGAUUGUGAUUUACAUUGAGAACCCAUUAACGGAUUUGUCAAAUUCGAUGAAAAAGUGAUGUAAUUGCAGUGAUCGUAUCGGCAGAAAGAGGCCCUUAUGGCGAACUUUCUCGGUGGGUUUGUAUUACCUCUGCUGCUCCUAACAGCUGCUGUAAUCAACUGGAAUUUGAUCGCUCUUGUUGAUUUGAUAGCCUUCCUUCUCGUUCAAUAUAAUGCAUCAAAAAUAGGGUUUCGCUUCCGUAGGCAGUUUUUAUUAUUAUGGCCCCUUAUCAUCUUUUCCUUCCUUGCCAUUCUUUCUCAAGUAACAUUUCUUGUUAUAUGGGCUGUUGAGGGAAAUAAAUGGAGCUUGGCGGAAACUUGGUGGGCAAAACUGAUUGGACUCAUGACGAUUCAUACCUGGAAAUCUUCCUCUGUAAUUUAUUUCCUGGUUGUACAACUACUUGCAGUUUCUGUUGCUUUAGUUGAUAUAUAUGGGAAUAGAUUUGGUCUGGUUCCAUGGCGAGCUUCUUGUUGGGGUCAUUUCUUGUCAGUUGUUGAACAUUUAGGUUCUCGUCUUAGGGUUGCUUCCUGUUUGCUGUUGCCUGCCAUUCAGCUGGUUGUGGGAAUUAGCCAUCCCUCAUGGGUUUCUCUACCAUUUUUUCUUGGAAGCUGUGUCGGUCUUGUGGAUUGGUCUUUAACGAGUAACUUUCUAGGACUUUUCAGGUGGUGGAGGCCUCUUCAGCUUUAUGCAGGCUUCAACAUUGUCCUGCUUUACGUGUAUCAGCUCCCUAUAGAGUUCCCUAAUACAAUUCAAUGGAUAGCUGAUUUCAUUGGUCUGUUUAAAGUUUCUGCAAAUUCUGAGUGGCCUGAAUUCUGUUCUUGCCUUUCUCUUGUACUUUUCUACAUUAUGCUAUCUUGUGUUAAGUGUGAUCUGGAGGAAAUGGAUUAUAUCAUGACUACUAGAGAAAGUAGCUUGACUGAGCAACUUCUUCCUUCAAAGCAUUCAUUUUUCAUUCGUGAAUCAAGAUCUGGUGUAAAGCAUACCAAUGUUUUGUUGAGGGGAGCAGUGUUUCGGACAUUUAGUAUCAACUUUUUCACGUACGGUUUUCCGGUCUCAUUGUUUGCUCUUUCCUUUUGGAGUUUCCAUUUUGCAAGUUUAUGUGCCUUCGGAUUACUUGCUUAUGUUGGCUACAUUGCAUAUGCCUUCCCUUCCUUAUUUCAUUUGCACCAGUUGAAUGGGCUGCUUCUUGUCUUCAUUCUCUUGUGGGCUGUUAGCACAUAUAUUUUCAAUGUGGCAUUUGCUUUCUUGAAUCGGAAACUUGGAAAGGACAUGGACAUUUGGGAGAUGGUUGGGUUAUGGCAUUAUCCAAUACCUGGGUUCUUCCUGCUUGCACAGUUUUGCCUUGGAGUUUUGGUUGCCUUGGGUAAUCUUGUGAACAACUCUGUUUUUCUAUGCUUGACUGAUGAGCAUGGGCAAUCUUCAAAUGAGAACUCUUCAGCAGAAGUGGAGGAAGAGACCAAAGUAUUGAUUGUUGCCGCAAUUGCAUGGGGACUGCGCAAAAGCUCUCGGGCUAUAAUGUUGGCUCUGAUAUUCCUCAUUGCAAUGAAACCCGGUUUCAUCCAUGCUGUAUAUAUGAUAUUCUUUCUGAUAUAUCUUCUGAGCCACAACAUCAGCAGAAGGAUACGCCAAUCUCUUAUUCUCUUAUGUGAAGCUCACUUUGCACUAUUGUACAUUCUUCAGAUUGAUUUGAUUUCUGAUACUUUGGAGCAAAAAGGCUCUUUAAGUAUGGAAGUUCUAUCGCAGUUAGGUCUCCUUGACUAUGAUAGUUCCUGGGAUUUCCUGGAAAUAGCUUUGCUUGCUUGCUUCUGUGCAAUUCAUAACCAUGGUUUUGAGAUGCUAUUUUCAUUCUCAGCAAUUGUGCAGCACACCCCAUGCCUCCCUAUCGGAUUCAGUAUCUUGAAAGCUGGUCUGAACAAAUCAGUUCUGUUGUCAGUGUAUUCCUCCUCAGCCACCAAAUACAGUCACGAUAAUCCUUCGUAUGAGAGAAGGAUAGCAUCGUUCCUCAGUGCAAUUGGGCAGAAGUUUCUUUCUGUGUAUAGAUCCUGUGGAACUUUCAUUGCAUUCUUAACUAUUCUCAUCACAGUGUACCUGGUGAGACCCAAUCAUACGUCAUUUGGGUACUUAUCCCUUCUCCUUUUUUGGAUAAUUGGAAGACAGCUUGUUGAGAGGACAGAAAGACAGCUAUGGUUUCCGCUAAAAGCAUACUCAAUCGUGGUGUUUCUCUUUAUCUAUUGCUUGAGCAGUUUCUCCAGCUUUGAGAUGUGGCUAUCUAGGUUGAUAGACCUCUAUUUCUAUUUGGGCUACAACUCAGAAGCUUCACUGCUUGAAAAUGUUUGGGAAUCUUUGGCAGUCUUGAUUGUAAUGCAACUUUAUAGCUAUGAAAGAAGGCAAAGCAGGUAUAACAGGGCAGUUGAUUCAGAUACCCUGGAAACUGGAGCACUUGGGUUUCUCAAACGGUUUCUUAUUUGGCACAGCCAGAAGAUCUUGUUUAUUGCUUUGUUCUAUGCAUCGUUAUCCCCAAUUAGUGCACUUGGCUUUUUGUAUCUGCUUGGCCUCAUCAUCUGUUCAACUUUACCUAAAGGUUCCCGGGUCCCAUCCAAAUCAUUCUUAGUUUACACUGGAUUUCUAGUGACAGCUGAGUAUCUCUUUCAGAUGUGGGGUGAACUAGCUGAGAUGUUUCCUGGGCAGAAACAUUCUGAUCUUUCCAUUUUUUUGGGUUUCUCUGUAUUUAAGCCAGGCUUCUGGGGACUAGAAUCAGGCUUGAGGGGAAAAGUGCUGGUAAUUGCUGCAUGUACUCUUCAAUACAAUGUCUUCCGUUGGUUGGAUAAAAUGCCAAGGGCUAUUCUAAACAAAGGACAGUGGGAAGAGCCUUGUCCAUUGUUUGUUUCGGAAGAGGAUGUUUCAGUUGAUGUUUCCGUUUCUAACGAGGAAAAUAAGCCAUCAUCAGAUUCUGGUGUGCCUGUAGAACAAGAGGGAGUGACAAGCAAUUCAUGGCAGUUUUUCACCUCUGGUCUGUCUCAAUCAUCUAAUCCUGUAUCCUCCAAAACGGGCAGCAGUGAUGGUGGUAGUGCUAGAAAAUAUACAUUUGGGUAUGUCUGGGGAAGUACCAAGGAGAGUCAUAAGUGGAACAAGAAGAGGAUUCUUGCCCUGAGAAAGGAGAGAUUUGAAACACAGAAGACGCUCUUAAAGAUAUAUUUGAAGUUUUGGAUGGAGAAUUUGUUUAAUCUCUUUGGUCUUGAGAUAAACAUGAUUGCCUUGCUUCUUGCCAGCUUUGCUUUGUUGAAUGUCAUCUCUAUGCUAUAUAUUGCAUUGCUUGCAGUUUGCAUUCUUCUGGAUCGAAAUAUUAUACGUAAAUUGUGGCCUGUGUUAGUCUUCUUCUUUGCUUCUACUCUUAUUCUCGAGUACUUUGCUAUCUGGAAGAGUACUUUGCCUUAUAAUCAAGAUAUUCGAAUUGAUUCUAAUGUAGAUUGCCAUGACUGCUGGGGAAUCUCGACUCAAUAUUUCCAGUAUUGCAAGAACUGUUGGUUUGGACUUAUUGUUGACGAUCCUCGAACACUUACCAGCUAUUUUAUGGUCUUCAUGCUUGCUUGUUUCAAACUUCGUGCUGAUCACUUGUCCAGUUUCUCAGGGUCAUCAAUAUAUCGCCAGAUGAUGUCUCAACGUAGAAACAUGUUUGUGUGGAGAGAUCUAUCUUUUGAAACUAAAAGCAUGUGGACUUGUCUUGACUACCUGAGGCUUUACUGCUAUUGCCACCUUCUUGAUCUUGUGCUUGCAUUGAUUUUGAUUACUGGAACCCUCGAGUAUGACAUUCUGCACCUUGGUUAUCUUGCCUUUGCUCUAGUUUUCUUUCGAAUGAGACUCCAAAUACUAAAGAAGAAGAACAAGAUAUUCAAGUUCUUGCGUAUAUACAACUUUGCUCUCAUUGUUCUUUCUCUUGCCUACCAAUCUCCUUUUGUGGGGGAGUUUAGUGCUGGGAAGUGUGAGACAGUGGAUUAUAUAUACGAAAUGUUUGGAUUCUAUAAGUAUGACUAUGGAUUCCGAAUUACUUCAAGAUCUGCGCUAGUUGAAAUUAUCAUAUUUAUGCUGGUGUCACUUCAGUCAUAUAUGUUUUCCUCUCAAGAGUUUGACUACGUGUUCCGAUAUCUUGAAGCAGAACAAAUUGGUGCCAUUGUGCAUGAGCAAGAGAAGAAAGCUGCAUGGAAAACUGCACAGCUACAGCAUAUUCGUGAAUCCGAGGAGAAGAAACGCCAGCGUAACUUGCAAGUGGAGAAGAUGAAAUCCGAGAUGCUCAACUUGCAAGUCCAGCUUCACAGCAUGAACUCAACUGCCAACCGUAAUAGUGUUUCUCCGCGCAGUGAAGGCCUAAGGAGGAGGAGUACUUCUAUUAUCUCUAAUAAUGAUACUGGGACCCCUGAAAAAGAAGAACUAAUUCUCAGGAAACAAGAACAGAUCAUCAGAGAGGAUUCACUAUUCCCUUUUGAAUUGUUCGAGUCUCCUGCUGCUAUCAAUGCAGGAAGUCCAUCAGCUGCUGAGACUACAAAGUGUUCGGUGGCAUCUCCUCAUUGUGAAAUCACUGAAGUUGAAUUGGAUAGCUCUGAUGGUGCCUUUGUUGAUUUCCACAAAAAAGAGAAAGUCCAAGUCCAGGUGAAGGAAAACCCAUUGAUAUCUGCAGUACAGAUUAUAGGUGAUGGUGUUUCCCAAGUGCAAUCUAUUGGAAAUCUGGCAGUCAACAACCUUGUGAGCUUCUUGAACAUAGGACAAGAAGAUUCAGAUAUGAAACAGAACUUGUUUGCUGAGGAUGGGGUAUAUGAUGAGAUGGAGAGCCAAAAAUCAGAGUACUUGUCUUUGGAUCGGUCAUCUUCUCUGCAGUCUGAUCAGAGUUCUGAUGCUGCAAGUCUGCAGUUGGGAAGGAUCUUCUGUCACAUAUGGUCCCAAAUGCGAUCCAAUAAUGAUGUUGUGUGUUAUUGUUGCUUCAUUCUUGUCUUUCUAUGGAACUUCAGUCUGCUGUCUAUGGUGUAUCUUGCAGCUCUAUUCUUGUAUGCUUUAUGUGUAAAUACUGGCCCUAGCUCAAUCUUCUGGGUUAUCAUGCUAAUUGUCACAGAAGUUAAUAUUUUGCUUCAGUAUCUGUACCAAAUUAUCAUCCAGCACUGUGGUUUAAGUAUUGACUCAGACCUACUUCGUGAGCUGGGAUUCCCUGCACAUAAAAUAAUGUCAUCCUUUGUGGUCAGCUCUUUACCUCUUUUCCUUGUCUACUUAUUUACCCUCAUACAGAGCUCUAUAACUGCAAAAGAUGGUGAAUGGAUGUAUUCUACAGACUUCAAUUUUUGUAAGAAGAGUGCUCUAUAUAGAAAAGAGGUUCUUGUGAAGUAUAGCUUGAGUGAGAGCACAAUGGGAGUUCUACAGCUAAUUAAAAAUAUGGUAAAAUUGACAUUCAGAAGCAUCUUUAGGUACUGGAAAUCGUUGACACAGGGUGCAGAGUCUCCUCCUUACUUUGUUCAGGUGUCUAUGGAUGUCAAAUCAUGGCCAGAGGAUGGGAUUCAACCAGAGAGGAUUGAGUCUGGAAUAAACCACUUGCUAAGAAUUGUCCAUGAGGAAAGAUGCAAAUCACAAAACCCUAGCCUGUGCCCUUUUGCUAGUAGGGUUCAUGUUCAAAGCAUUGAAAGAAGUCAAGAAGACCAAAAUGUGGUACUAGUUGUUUUUGAAGUGGUAUACGCAUCACCGUUGACAGAGUGUGCUUCUGCAGAAUGGUACGAGUCGCUAACUCCAGCAACUGAUGUAGCAAAGGAGAUUCUUAAAGCACAGCAUGCUGGGUUCGUCAAAGAAAUUGGAUUCCCAUACCCUAUACUCUCUGUAAUUGGGGGAGGCAAAAGAGAAGUUGAUCUGUAUGCCUACAUAUUUGUUGCAGAUUUGAUUGUAUUUUUCCUGGUUGCUAUUUUCUACCACUCAAUCAUAAAAAAUAAUAGUGAAUUCCUUGAAGUCUAUCAGCUUGAAGAUCAGUUUCCAAAAGAGUUUGUAUUUAUCCUAAUGAUUAUCUUUUUCUUGAUUAUGCUUGAUCGAGUAAUUUACCUGUGCUCAUUUGCCAUGGGAAAAGUAGUUUUCUACCUUUUCAACCUCAUCCUCUUCACAUAUUCAGUUACAGAGUACGCUUGGCACAUGGAGCCUUCCCAACAACGUGCCGGAGGGUUAGCACUCCGUGCUAUAUACCUUGCUAAAGCCAUUUCCUUAGCACUGCAGGCUAUUCAAAUUCGACACGGGAUUCCUCAUAAAAGCACUUUGUAUCGUCAGUUCUUGACCAGUGAAGUUUCAAGAAUUAAUUACUUAGGCUAUAGACUUUACCGUGCGCUGCCCUUUUUAUAUGAAUUGCGAUGCGUUCUUGACUGGUCGUGCACAACAACAUCUUUGACCAUGUAUGACUGGCUGAAGUUGGAGGACAUACAUGCAAGCUUGUACCUUGUAAAAUGUGAUGCAGUCUUGAAUAGAGCUAACCACAAACAAGGAGAAAAGCAAACAAAAAUGACCAAAUGUUGCAAUGGGAUAUGUCUGUUCUUCAUAUUAAUCUGUGUCAUCUGGGCCCCCAUGCUGAUGUAUAGCAGUGGCAACCCGACAAACAUUGCCAACCCUGUUAAAGAUGCCAGUGUUCAGGUUGAUAUUAAAACAGCAAGUGGAAGAUUGACCUUGUAUCAGACCACUCUUUGUGAAAAAAUCCAAUGGGAUAAGCUCAAUGCUGAUAUUGAUCUUGAUCCUCGAGGUGUUUUGGACACAUAUAAUAAGAUUGAUAUCCAGUUGAUAUGCUGCCAAGCCGAUGCCAGUAUAUUGUGGCUUGUUCCCACAACAGUUCAGACGAGAUUCAUUCAGUCCCUUGACUGGGAGACAGAAAUGCAUAUUAUUUUUACUUGGGUGCUUACAAGGGACAGACCGAAAGGCAAGGAAGUUGUCAAAUAUGAAAGAACUAUUGACACUCCAGAUCUUCCAAAAAGAUCAGAUGUUCAAAAAGUUCUCAAUGGCUCUAUGAAUAGCUUUAGGAUAUGUAAUAUAUAUCCCAGAUAUUUUCAUGUUACUGGUUCUGGUGACAUCAGACCUUUGGAACAAGAGGAAAUAUCUGUUAGUGCGGAUCUUUUCAUAAAUCGUGAAACCAAUGAAUGGUGGUCCUUCCGUGAUGUCAAUUCCUCAGAUGUAACUGGGUGUGGAGGUUUGACAGGGCCAAUGGCUGUCAUCAUUUCUGAGGAAGCACCACCUCAAGGUAUUAUUGGUGACACUCUCAGCAAGUUCAGCAUAUGGGGGCUGUACAUAACAUUUGUUCUUGCAGUCGGCCGGUUUAUCAGACUUCAAUGCUCUGACUUAAGAAUGAGAAUCCCCUUUGAAAACCUUCCUUCGUGUGAUAGGUUGAUAGCCAUCUGCGAGGAUAUAUAUGCUGCGAGAGCAGAGGGUGAGCUUGGAGUAGAAGAGGUUCUUUACUGGACGCUGGUGAAGAUUUAUAGAUCACCACACAUGCUGCUUGAGUACACCAAAACCGACUAGAACCCAAAAGUCAAAUGCUGCUUUCAUAUUAGCCAACAAAAACUUCACAGGGUUUUGAUGCUGCCAUUAGGUUUGACUAACACCCCAUGUAUAACAGAAAAAGAAACUAACAUUCAGCUAUAGUGGUAGUGAUACAACCAAUCAUGAGUAGUCUCCUUGUGGUCCAGCUAUCUGGCCAUAGUAUACUUUCCAGAGGACCUCUGGUCUCCAUUGAAGAGGAUUCGGUUACAGAAUUCUGCAAGUCUAUCAUGCAGGCAUUCUUGCAACUUCUUGUCUAAAUUUCCACUUCAGGUGUCUGCAAAGCUUCUGGUCAGAGUAUCAAUUGUCAUGACUGAAUGAUUCAGAACAAGUUUUUCUUUUUCUCUUCUAUUUAUAGAAUUUACUAGUUAUCCAUGUAUUAGUGCUCGAACUGUUAUGGAUCAUAGGAGGGCAGGACAUCUUACGAGUUCAUGUGCAUGCGUUCAUAGGGAGAAACAUUUGUAUAUAACAUCUCUAUUGACCAAUUUCAACGAUAAAA